AUGCCAUCCCGUCGCGAAUUCUUCCUCCAUCGAAAACACGCAGUGAUCACAGGCGGUUCGAAAGGUAUCGGUUUCGCGUUGGCUUCGGAAUUGGUGAAUAAAGGAUGUCAUGUGACGAUUAUUGCCAGAAAUGUGAAUGAUUUGAAGAAUGCGAGUGGGAAAUUGCAAGAAUUGGCUGAUAGUCGAGGACAGAAUCAGAAGAUUGCAUGGAAAUCGGUGGAUAUGACUGCGCCUUAUGAGAUUGUGAGUGGAGUUUGGUCGGGAUUCUAAUUAACGAAAUAAAAAAACGUUUGAAAUUAUGGGAUUUUUGAAGAUUUUCAUUCUAGAAAUUGCUGAAAUUCACAAUUUUCAGCCAAAGUUCAGAAUUUUAAGUCAAUUUUCAGUCAAACUUUCAAAUAUUUCUCAAUAUUAGGUCAUUUUCAGUCAAAAAUCCAAACUUUCAGCUAAAUUUAAUCGAUUUUCAAUGAAAAACUGGAUUUUUCAGCUAUUUCCAAUGAAAAUGAAGAUUUUUAGCUAUUUGUAUCAGUUUUGGGUCCAAAUUUUCGGUUUCAGCUCACAAAACUUCGAUUUUUCGAAAUUUCCGAUCUGAAAAUUUGGAUUGUUGACCCAAAGUUGAUACAAAUAACUGAAAAUCUUAAUUUUCACAAUUUAUUCAAUGUGUUGAGAAAAUGGUGAAAAAAGUGAAUAAAAAUACCGAUUUUCAAUCACUUUUUAGGUUUUUUAACAUUAAAAAAACGUUUUUUAUUUUGAAUAAUCACUGCAUAAUAUGAGCAAUGAUGUAUUUUCUUGAACUUCAGCCGAAUAAAUUGAGAUCUCGAGGAGAAAUCCUGAGAUUUUCAAGAUUUCUGAAUCGAAUCUGAGGAAUUUUCUAGUUUCUGACGUGAACCACUGGGAUUCGGAUUUUCUUCAAAAAAUCCAAAAUUUCUCCAUUUUUUCUUGAGCAAAAUUUUAUGGGGUGAUUCAAGUUGAAAAAAAAAAUAAUGAACGUUUUUUUACAAAAAAUUUCGAUUCAGCAAAUUGACUUUUUUUUCAUUUUUGGGUGGGAAAAAUGCCAAAAAUAGGAAAAAUAUAGUUUUUGACAUUUUCUGUCAGAAAAAUGUUUUUUUUAGACUUUUUUCGAGUUCGACCCCAUUAUAAAAUUAUUUUAUUUUUCAAAAAAAAUUUUUUCGUAAAAAAACUUUUUUUUUUCGACUUGAAUCACCCCUUUGAAAUAGUUUUUCAUAUUUAUGAAAAUCCCUAAAUUCUUGAGCCAAAGUUUUUUUGGACUAUAUUUUUGAAUUUGUAUUUUCCAAGUCUAGACAACAUACAAUUUCUAUAAUCUCCAAUGUUUUUCAGAUCAAAGAGGCCUUUGACAACGCUGCAAAAGAGCUCGGCCCAAUCGACAUUCUCAUAAACAACGCUGGUCACAGUGUGCAAGCACCAUUCUGCGAUCUUCCCAUCACCGAUUUCGAAAAUCAAAUGAAAAUCAAUUAUUUGAGCGCAGUUCACGCGACUCGUGCAGUUGUCGAUGAUAUGAAACAACGACAAACUGGUCAUAUCUCAUUCGUCUCCUCAGCCGCCGGACAAUUUGCGAUUUUCGGCUAUUCCGCAUAUUCGCCGACGAAAUUCGCGUUGCGCGGUUUCGCCGACACACUUCACAUGGAAUUGUUGCCGUUCAAAGUCAAUGUUGGCGUUUUGUAUCCCCCGAAUACGGAUACUGAAGGAUUUAAGGUUGGUUUUUUAGUUUUUCUUGAAGAUGAGGGUGGAGGCAAAUUGAAUUAGAUUAGUAAUUCUCUGUUUUGCUUGAGGCAAAAAACAUUUGAUUUAUGUUUCGUUGAGUUUGAGCUGUUGUGAGAAAAUGGUCCGGAAAAUGAGUAAAAAACAUGGGAUUUAUUGUGGGAAAAAGUCUGGUUUUUGAACGAUUGUUUGAAAAUUUCGAUUUUUAAAUUGCCACGUCAUAGAGUUUACGUUUCACAAGGAAAAAGUAGAAUUUUUGGAUCUAGAAAGUUAAAUUUUCAAGGGUCAGAGCCUAGAGAAUCUAAUUGUCUAGGAUCAGAGCCCAGAGAGCCUUUUUCUCAAGUAGCCGCGCCUAGAGAAUCGAAUUGUCUAGGAUCAGAGCCUAAAAAGCUUGGUUCUCAAGUAGCCGCCCCGAGAGAGCCUGAUUGUCAAGGAUCAGAGCCUAGAGAGCCUGAUUCUCAAGUAGCUGCGCCUUGAGAACCUAGUUGUCUAGGAUCAGAGCCUAGAGAAUCUAAUUGUCUAGGAUCAGAGCCCAGAGAGCCUUUUUCUCAAGUAGCCGCGCCUAGAGAACCUAAUUGUCUAGGAUCAGAGCCUAGAAAUCAACUCUGACAAGGAGCCGCGCCUUGAGAGCCUGAUUCUCAAAAAGCCGCGCCUAGAGAGCCUGUUUCUCAAGUAGCCGCGCCUAGAAAACCUAACUGUCAAGGAUCAGAGCCUAGAGAACCUGUUUCUCAAGAAGCUGAGCCUAUAGAUCCUAGAGCUCAAGUAGCCACGCCUAGAGAAUCUAAUUAUCUAGGAUCAGAGCCUAGAGAACCUAUUUCUCAUGUAGCCGCGAGAGAGCCUAAUUGUCUUGGAUCAGCGCUUAGGAGUCUUAGGUGUUAAGUAGCCACGCCUAAAAAGUUAAAUUUCAAAGGAUCGGAGCCUAGAGAACCUAGUUGUAUAGGAUCAGCGCCUAUAAGUCUUCGGUGUUAAGCAGCCACGCCUCAAACCUCACCCAACACCUGGAAUUCCAGGUGGGCAAUUUUUUUUCGAAAAACCUAGGUGGGCAAAAAAAUUUUAGGGUCUUUAAGGCGAGCCUCAGGUGGGCAAAAUUUUUUAGGGUCUAUAAGGCAAGCCUCAGGUGGGCAAAAUUUUUUAGGGUCUUUAAGGCGAGCCUCAGGUGGGCAACAUUUUUUAGGGUAUUUAAGGCGAGCCUCAGAGGGCAAAUUUUUUUUAGGGUGUUUAAGGCGAAGCCAAGGUGGGCAAAAUUUUUUAGGGUGUUUAAGGCGAAGCUAAGGUGGGCAAAAUUUUUUAGGGUAUUUAAGGCGAGCCUCAAGUGGACAAAAUUUUUUUACUAGGUGGGCAAUUUUUGUAAAUAAUCCCAGGUGGGCAAUUUUUUACCCACUUCUCCAGGUUCUUGGGUGAGGUUUGGCCACGCCUACAAACCCCAGUUCUCAAGUAGCUGUCCCUAGAAAGCUCAACUAUCAAGGACCCGCGCCUAGAGAACCUAGUUUUGAAGCAGCCGACCCUACGAGUUUAAAUUUUCAAGGAUCCGCUCCUUGAGAGUAUUUUUCGGUAUGAAAUUGAAUUCCCGGAUCAUUUUCGAAUUAAAAUUAAUGAAAAUUAAAUUUUUUUUCCAGAAUCUGCAAUCCAAGGGCCGAAUUCAUAGAAAAUCCCUCUAAAAAUUGUUGAAACUUUUUCUAAUUUUCCAGAAUCUGACAAUGAAAUCCAGAAUCAGAUUUUUUCCUCGUUCCCUCCAAACUAUUUUCUAAUUUCUCCGAUUUUCAGGUCGAAAUCGAAACAAUGCCCGAAGAAACACGUCUAAUGAGCGAAUCGGCCGGUCUUUUUACUCCCGAUUAUGUCGCCCAACAACACAUUUCAGACAUUGAAUCUGGUAAUUAUUCGACCACAAUUGGUCUCGAUGGAUGGAUGUUAGGUAUGCUCAAUUGAGCCCACUACUAUUUUUCAUUUUAUUCUUUAUUCUCUUUUUUUUUUCAGGAAAUUUGACCGCCGGUGCAUGUCCAGAAAAAUCGCUGGCACGUGGUUUGGUUCAAGUUUGCUUUGCUGGUUUGUUCCGCGCGAUCACCCUGGUUUAUCUCGGAUAUUUUAACGGAAUCACCAAAAAAUGCCAAAAACGAAGAUUUAAAUUGGAAAAAGAGAAGGCUUCGAACAAAUCGGAUUAG